AUGGCUGAUAACCCAUUUAAGCCGCUGACGCGCGCGUUACGUCUUGCGCCCUCCACCCCGAGGUCACGUUCGCAAUCCCCCAAGCGCACUCGAUCACCCCAAAGAAGAAGCCAGUUUUUAGCCCUCGAGCUUGAUCCCUUACUAUCGAACUUGUCACCGCAAUCUACGCUUAAGGCGCUAUCGGCGGCAGAUGCAGUACCAUCCAACCGUAGCACUCCAUCAGACGCGCUGACAAAAAGUAUUGCCAAUGUCUCUACCGUUGAGCGUGCGUUUGGAAUCAGGGCCGCGUUGACUGCUCAAAAACUAAGAGAGUGGUAUACAGAGGUGCUGUCAUGGAGCUGGCCUUCAAGGCGCGAGGCCGGCCUUGGCAAAGGAUUCACCCCUCCCAUCCCCCCAACCGCUGACCUGGCUGCCGCUGAAAUCCAUGAUAUUUAUUUCGGCAGUCUUCCGGCGAAAAUCGUCGAACAAUAUGAAAACAGGUCGGACGAAAUCAGGGAUGCCAUGGACGCGUUAGAUGUCGAGAUGUUGAAAGAACAUGUCCUCAACGUUCAUAUACCGUCUCGUUCGCGUCCGAUAUCUUCCCACAGCACCGCUUCGAUUGAGAUGAAACCGCUAUCUUACGUGCAACUAAGUGAUUUCACCGCUGUUAUAACGGCCACAAUUCUCCAAGCCCUUCCGAUUCUCUCAAGGCUGAAUAGCUUGCUGGCUACUUGGGAAGUGCGUUUCAUAGUACUUCGACAGAUACCCGAGCUUCUUCAGGGGUUAAAGCUGGCCAGACUGGAUAUAGAUGCUGCCCUAGCACGGUUAUCCUCUGGUUUAUUACCGGACAGUGAUGACCGACUCUUUUCCGAGGAGUCCUUCACCGCUGCUCGCCAAAUAUUGGAACAGAAGGUCCUAACAGUGGGUAGGCAAAUGGACAGAAUCCUUGAUGAGCUUGAGGGACGUUCAGAUUCACUCCCUGAGAACUGGAUUGAUGAUAUGGAAGCAAUGGAGUCUGAUUUUGCGACCUGGUCAUCUGAAGCGCAGAAGAAAGCUAUGGAAAACGACUGGAAACGAUCAUUGCAAACAAGGGGUUCAGCACGCAUGUCCGAAAUGCUUCCCAAGCGCCAGCCCGAUGCGAGUAAUAUGCCCCCCAAGGUCCCCAAUCCACAAACAACACCAAUUCAGGCCAGUAAACAAGGGGUUUCUCACAACACAACUGCGCUCAUUGACAAUCCACCUGCUGCCCUGACGUUAACCAUCCGCACAUCCACUACUGACAUGAAAACGCUCGUGUCUGCGAAAACGGAAACCCAAGAGUAUGGAUUAACUUCUCAAAAUGCUAUUUCAGAUUCCAAAGCUUCGCCCUGUGCCGAUCCAGGCAAUACUCUUCAGCUCAAUGCAUCAGAUAAUCCUGAAUCCGAUCCCAAGCCUUCGAAAAAGGAACGACUUGAGCGCGGCUCCCAAGUUUGCGACGACCUGCAUCCGAAAGCAAUUAUACCCCAGCCACGAAUACAGAGAACUUGUGACACUUCGUUUGCAAAGGAUCCCACACUCUCAAAUCUAGCCGACCCUCCCAAGGUUGCCAAGGCUGUACUUGAGCAGGAUGAUGGGCCAUCUCAAUCAACUAAAGAACCGACUGCUGGAUCAAAGGAUACAGAGCGCGGCUCACAGAUCAUCCGAAGAAGUAAGAGUUUACCACUGGAGCAAUAUGUCAACCGUCAGGCUCUUUCAGAAGCUAAAAAUAAUGAUUCUUGCACACCUAUUGUUCCUCUUCCUUCUAACCAAACUACCCACGACUUUGGAACUCAGCCAGUACUGAAGCGGGAGCUCAACGCGCCUCUUAAUCGCCCUUUGCUUCUCAAGUCAUCAUAUGCGGGCCACAUUAGUCCUUCAAAGAACGCUCAAAAUAUAGAUGAGAAUCAUCGUAGCAAAUCCUUGCACAAAUUUUCGCCUCCUUCGCCGAACUCGGAGGUUUACUCAAGCAGUCCUCCAGACUCUAGUUCCUCGACUCAGGAUAUGUCCACUUCUCCCAGCCCGUCGCCAACUAUCCCUUUGAAUUCCAUUCAUCCUAUCACUCCGUCGAAUUCAGGCAGCGCGUUACCACCUUCCACAGCGAUUAAAGUAACAUCUCGAGCGCCAUAUAUAACUCCGGAUAAAUCACCCGAAGAUCACCUCGAGGAAAAGAUUAGCUCGAUCCUCACCACCAUCCCAGCGCGCAUCCGUCUUAGUUCAACUCCUAUUGAUGGCCCCAAUGAGCCUAACCCAGGGAGCCGUCUACAAAUUGAACGAUGUCCCGAUCGCCGCGAAUCUCCGCCUCGUGUCUCAACUCGACCUACCACCCCUACCCCUACCCUCACACUUACUCCUGCGUACAAACGCCCCAAGCGGCGUGCACCACAAGAAGAUAAUCCUGUCAGGCUCUAUCAUCUUCACCGUGGCGGGAAACAACCACCGUUGAAACUUUUUGUGCGUACUGUCGGCGGAGAAGGGGAGAGGGUCAUGGUACGAGUUGGAGGUGGCUGGGCAGACCUAGCUGAAUACCUCAAAGAAUACGUUAUGCAUCAUGGACGACGACGAAUGUCAGAAAGCAAACUGGAGGUACAGGAAAUUCCCCAUACAUCACCGACUCACCGAUCGUCCCCUCACCGGUCAUCGCCUCAUCGCUCUCCGGCGAGGACGAUCAAUAAUGGGCGAACGACACCGAUCUCUCGCCCUAACUCACCGUUUGAUAUCCGGCCUCCGUCUCCUCUAGCGGUCCGCAAAACACGACUAUCGAACGCCAACACAGUGGCGCGUCCUACUUUAACGGCUGCAAACAUUGAAAAGGUUUCUCAAGCAUCAGACCCUGGUUCUCUGCUGUUUCCAAAUCGGCGCCUUUCUAUUUCUUCCACCACAUCCAUGUUCUCUCAGUCCAUCCCGCUGGGACUUGCUGGCCCCACUCCUAAAUCGAGAAACGUCUCCAUGAGCCCUGAAAGUGAAGCCUGGGUGGAAGAUGUGAUGGGCCAAGCACGCAAAUCAUCCGCAACGUUGCGAUCCAAACUGUCUACAGGUUCCUUGCGGGGUUAUCGUCCAUCACAUAUCGCGGAGACUACAUCACAUCUCAAAGCCAGAACCGAUGUGAAUUCCAGGCGAGUGAGUGAUUUCGCGGGUGGUUCUACAAACAAACGCGUCUUUUUGAAAGGUUUGGGCAAAGGGAGAGCCUAA